AUGCCCAAAUCCUCGGGAUCAAGACCUCGCAGAUCCACCGCGAGAUAUCGCCAGGUUGUAUCCACGUCGGAUGUUGUGUCUCCAAAGGGCAGCAGGGGCCAGGCAGGGCAAGGGAAGAAACGGAAGGUCUAUAUAGACGAUGAAGCAGAAUCCGACGAGGAUCAAUCACUCGCCAAGCGAGCGGAAAUCAAGUUUAAAGAAGAGAACAAAGACAGAUGGAAAAAGCUUCAAGAAGAAGGGACGCACAAUGUUGACCAGGCGGAAUGCUCUUUUGAUCCUCCAAUCCUCACCCUCGCAUUCUAA